CUCUACACUCCGCGCUCGAGCCGUUGCUAUACACCAGCGCGAAAACUGGCACUUUAGUAAAGACUUAGUCGUAGCGGCAGACAAGCAGCGAGUGGGUUGCUGGCGCGUCAACGUGUGAUCGCCGUUAACAGUUAACGUUAAAUAUAUAUAUAUUUAUGUAUAUAUAUAUUUAAUACAUAUAACAACACACAAUUUAUCACUACAAAUGAUAUAAAUUAACGAGCAGAAACAGCGCAAAAUUAUACGAGUUAAUCGAGUUACUAUACUGUUGUACUGCACAAGCGUGUGUUGCAGUGUGUCGGGUGUUUGUUUUCUACGUUCAACAAAAGUUUUCAACGUUUUCCCUCGAACGUAUUACGCAGAGUUCGCAGAGAACCCCCCCAACGUUACGGAGUAGCAGCAGCAUCAGCAACAAUAAACGUGAAACCGAGAAGACGAGUUUUAAAGUGCAUAUAUAAGUGACAUUUUUCUCACAAGGUUUUCUCAUCAUUGGCUACUGAUUCGUCGCUAGUCGAGCAUCACUUUUCGAGAAGCAAUACGUAAAAUCGCAAACAGUAUGCCGACUUCGUUGUUCAGCGACAUGGAACGUGCGAGUAGUGCAGGCACGGGUGGUGUAGUGGCACCCAGUGCCAACGGUGGUUCCUCCCUCGAGGAGCAGCGAGCUCUGCAGCUGGCCUUCGAGCUGUCGAUGCUGGGCCUAGAUGCCAACGGCGCCGGCGGUGCUGGCUCGAUGGUCGGCGCCAACGGUGCCGUCAGUGCCGGCGUCAACGGCCAAGCCGGCGUCGUGAACGGCUGCGGAGUCGGCGUGGGCGUCGAUCCCAACGACCCCCUGGGCCAGGGACAGUCCGCCGGGGGUGUCUUCGAGGACGCUGCGCGCACCAAGAAGAGUCAAAACAUGACGGAAUGUGUGCCGGUACCCAGCAGUGAGCACGUGGCCGAGAUCGUCGGCAGACAAGGAUGCAAAAUCAAGGCUCUGCGUGCCAAGACGAACACUUACAUCAAAACUCCAGUCCGCGGUGAAGAGCCAGUAUUCGUCGUAACCGGACGCAAGGAAGAUGUAUCUCGCGCCAAGCGCGAAAUCCUCUCAGCCGCCGAGCACUUUUCGCAAAUCCGAGCUUCGCGCAAGUCAUCCUUGGGUGCCCUUUUGGGUACACCUCCAGGCCCACCGGCCUCCGUGCCCGGUCACAUCACCAUUCAAGUACGCGUGCCGUACCGCGUAGUCGGCCUGGUGGUCGGUCCCAAGGGAGCCACCAUCAAGCGCAUCCAGCACCAGACGCACACGUACAUCGUGACGCCGAGUCGCGACAAGGAGCCGGUCUUCGAGGUCACGGGCCUGCCCGAAAGCGUAGCCGCGGCCAGAACCGAGAUCCAAGCCCACAUCACCCAGCGCACCGGCGUGCUGCCGAUCUGCAUGAACGAAGAGAAAGAUCUGCUCGAGGCCCUGUGCCGCGGCGGUCUCACGUCCAUACUCGGCUGUCUCGACGGUCAGCCCAACAACGGCAGCAAGGGUAGCAAUGGAUCCUCUGGCGCCUUCUCUUCCUCGGGAAGCUGCAGCAGCUCGUCGUCCAGCUCCGGCGCUCCAGGCCUCAACGACCUCGUCGCCAUCUGGGGUAACGGCCUCGAGCGGGACGAAGGUAUCGGCGAGUCGCCCAGCUUCGAAUCCCAGCCCGCCAACGCGUCGUCGAUCUGGUCCUUUCCUGGAGUAGCUCUGCCGUCAAGACCAUCGCCUCCAGCCUCAACGUCUCCCGUCUCGCCCACGGACUCGCUUCUAGGCACUGCCAACACGUCAGGAUGCAGCGUCAGCGCCGGCAGUCCCGGCAGCCCCGGAAGCCAAGGUGGCGCUCGGGAAUGCGUCGUUUGCGGCGACAAAGACGUCUCCACGGCCCUCGUGCCCUGCGGCCACAAGUCAUUCUGCAUCGAGUGCGGACAUCGCAUCUGCGUGAGCUCCGAGCCCCAGUGUCCAGUCUGCUCGAAGCCUGUACUUCAGGCGUUGCGCAUCAUCAUCUAAGACGAUGGCAGCGUAAGAUACAUUACCGACUGAUGAUUAUGACACAAUAACACAUUUACAUUUAACACACAACACGCUCAUUCGUACCUCAAAGGUAUGAACACACACGCUUCCUCAUUCACUUAGACAGAUACAUACGUGUACUCUCGAUUUAAACUAGUUUAAACGAAAACAAACAUAUACUAUAGAUGAAAGACAUGAAUGAGAAAAAUGAAGAUUCACACACGCGAUUUUUUAUACUUUGAUAAACGACGCUACAAUUGGGAGAGGAUCUUCUGGGAAGAACUUACUUUUUUGUGUACAACUACUAUAUAUUUACUAUAUAUAUGCAAUCUCUCUUGAAAGUAAGAGGUGAUGUAUCGAUGUGAUUAUUAUUAAUGAACAACGGACGCUAAUUCAAUGGAUCUCUACGUACAUAUAUGAGAACACAUGGGUAUAUAACAAAAAUGAAGAGCCCUCCCUAUGCCCCAACCCUCCGAGACUAAGACUCGUGUGUGAAAAUACGAAAUUUACAUCGUUAAGUUCGAAUUUUGAUUUCACAUUACUACGACUAAAUGAACAUUUCUUCGCUCAUCGAAAAGAAAUUCAAUCCUGGGACACGGUAUCAUUUCAUCGACGAAUUAUAAUUCAAGACCCUGAUGAUUUGACAUUUGACACGGACUACCAGCGAUUGAUCGUGAAUUGAUAACAGUGAAGUACGAGAGCGCACAACGUUUUGAAACUAAAAAAAUAUUCCACUGCUACUGCUGCCAAUAUAAUGUAACUCGUAGUAUGUAAAGACAAAAAAAUGUCGUUAACGAAAAACCGUAUAAAAGCGUGUGUCUCUUAUAGUAAAUAUCAUGCGAAUCAGUCAGAAUGUAUUUAACAAAAUCAUAUACAAUGGUGAAUAAUUGCAGAUUAGCUUAUUUAUUCGGUCGAGAGUGCGCGAACGACGCGAGAAAUUUGCACGUUUUAUUAUAGUACAUGUAUAUAUACACAUCUUAUAAGAUAUAGUUGUGUUUUAUCUUUAGUCCUUCACAAUUUUUACCCCGUGUGUAUUACUAAUAUUAUCAUAGAGCUCGCAACUUUCUUUUCAUUGUUUCAUUGUAGGGAAGGAGAGUAGACAUGAGUGAACAUUGAUAUGUGUAAAUGAAAUUAUGCAUAUAAUAUAACGAUAUAUAUGUAUAAUAGAUGUGAAUAUGAUACAAUUCGCGUGCCCUCACCGAACGUUAAAAAACUUAAUAUAUAUUUAAAAUAUUAUAUACGAAUACAACGAAUCAAUUUUUAAAGUAAUAUGAAAAAUAUGGUAAAAACUGAACAUUUUAUCUUUUACGGUAUUCAGUAGUUGAAGAUAAAUACAAGUCAGUAGCGAUUGAUCAAUACAAAACGCGAUUUAUGAAAACUUGGUAUUUUGUUAUAUUUAUAUUUUUUUGUUUGAUGAAUUAUUUUUCCUUGUUUUGUGUAUACAAAUGCGCGAGCGAUAU